CACAUACAUACGGCUGCAACAAAAAUAUCCCACGAAAACAACGGCGAGCGCGAGCCUGCCAGCCAACCACCGCCACCGGCUUUCAUCCCGCGCGUGCGUCCUGCGCUAGCUGCGCCCAUGGCUGCCGUGACCAGCACCGCCUCCCUCUGCCCGGCCGCAGCCGGCGGCCUCUCUGCCUCGUCGUCGUCGCCGUUCACGCGCAAGCCCAGCAGCAGCAGGAGGCUGCAGGCAGCGUCCACGGCCUGCCACUGCCGCCCUGCUCGGGUAGUAGAGGGGCUGGACCGGAGGGACGCCUUGCUCGGCAUCGUCCUCUCCGCCGCGGUGGCGCCGCUGCUCGCCCCUGCCGGUGCUCUAGCGGACGAGCCCACCACCGAGUCGCAGGAGGGCUUCACUACGUACGAAGAUGAGGCCAACAAGUUCAGCAUUCAAGUUCCACAGGGCUGGCUGGUCGGCGCCGGCGAGGCCAGCGGCAUCAAGUCGGUCACGGCGUUCUACCCGGAGCAGGCAGCCGCCGAUUCCAACGUCAGCGUCGCCAUCACCGGGAUCGGGCCGGACUUCACCAGCCUCAAGUCCUUCGGCGACGUCGACUCCUUCGCCGAGGGCCUUGUGAACGGCCUGGACAGGAGCUGGCAGAGGCCGCCGGGGCUCGCCGCCAAGCUCAUCGACUCCAGGGCGGCAAACGGUUUGUACUACCUGGAGUACACGCUGCAGAACCCCGGCGAGCGGCGGCGGCACAUCGUCUCGGCCAUCGGGAUGGCGUUCAACGGCUGGUACAACCGCCUCUACACGGUGACAGGCCAGGUGAGCCGCCGCGCUCCUGCUACAAAGCUCCGGCCAAGUCCUAACAACGCUGCUGCUUCCUCAGCUGGAUUAAUUAACAUCUCGAGCAAAUGCUGUCGUCUGUCUCGUUGCAUGCAGUACAUCGACGACGAUGACGAUUCCGAAAAGUACAGGCCUCAGAUAGAGAAGGCUGUUCGAUCGUUCAGGCUGACAUGAAAGAUGCCAUGUCAUUCAGCAGAGGUCUUGUGCCUGAAAAUUGACACCUUGCCAUUUCCAUGAGAUGAGACAAGACAAGACAUGUAUGCCAAUUCUUGAGCACUGUAACACUGCAAGUAUGCGAAUAUAUUUUCUCCUUUUUGAGGUGGAUAUAAAUAUGUUUUUUGUAACUCUUGUGUAACGUUGCUGCGGUGUUUUUUUGGUUGUGUAUAUGUAAUGUUUAGAGGGUCGGGCUGAAGGAGCAACUAUGUGACCUUUAUUCUCUUUUUAAGGCAAAGUUCGUGUCACUUCUUUUCAAAACAAGCAAAUGGUUUUGUUUCUUGAGCUGGAAUAACAAGCAAAGUUAGUAUUCCCUC